CCUCCAUUCACAACUUCCUCAACACUCGGGUUAGAGUGGUAGUGGGAGGUUUGAGCUGCAUUUUUUACUCGUCUUUAAACGUUUCUUAGCUUGACCUGGUGUCUCUGGAGAAAUAUUCGUUUCCGGUUCGUAGUAUAACGUUCCGUUCUUGGUGUUCUGGUCGUAAGAUACCGAGACUUUUGGUUUCUGGUCGACAAGUAAUUUGUCUCUCUGUAUUUCCUUUCCUGUGAGACAGCAUCUUAGCGCAUUUUAUAAAAGAUUCAGUUGACACAGUAACAAACUGUUCGCGAUCUGUUGACUGUUUUCCUUCUGCGUUUCUUCGUGAUUUACACCCAGCAAGAUCCUAUGCAAGCUUCUCGUCAGUGUCAUUCCAACGAAGUGGUAAACAAUCAGCUCCUUGCAUGUGUACUCAAUUUCAGACUCCAGACAAAAACUCCAAUUUGUUGUCUUCAAAUGUCCCUGCAGUACCGCAUACCGACGUUCCUGUAACGCCUACUCCUGCUUCCAAAAGAUCAGGCUCAGAAAAACGCAUUUCCUACCAAGAUCUAGCUGGCCUAGACUCUCGCGAUAUAUCCAGCUCAUGGCAUUCGGCUGACGUUGAACGUUGGUUUCAGGUGCUGUCUAAACCACAAAGAGCUGUAGCUUUGUUGACACUGCUACAGUAUAUCCCCUCUCCUAAUUGUCGCUCCAUGCAAGCGUACAUCGACAAACGGGCUCGUCAAGCCGAACUGGACACACAGCAUCCAGCUGGUCUGGCUGCUGGCGAUCAGUAUUCAGUUCUCUCACCCACUUCUCUUUCUCCAUCAUACUCCUGGUGGAGCCCUGGAGGCUCGCCGUACAAUAGCAUUUACCGUGGGUUCCAACCAAGUGCAUCGUCGCAGUCUCCUCGUCACUUAGGCAGUGCACAAUACGGGAGACGGUCGUCUUCAACCUCGAAUAUCAGCACCGCUGCCUCUGCAGCUUUAAAUGAAGCUCGCCGGUUAGGUGACCUUUCUCAGCGGUUUGCCAAAAAUCUUCGCCUCAACAACACUGACCAAAAGAAUUGAGACCAUUGUCUUCUGUGAUAAUAGCAGAAAAAAGAGAUGAGUACAACUCACUGGUUCUUCUGUUGUUGAACGUCUCAGAUAUACUUGUUACUUCGUAUGGUUCGCUGAUGCGACAAAAAAAUAAAAUAAUAAAAAAAAGGCAGUUCAUUUCGUUUACA